UUCCAAUGACGUCAUCAUAUGACUUCCCGUAACAGUCGAAGUACGGAAGUGAUCUGGACUGGCCGAAAACUUUCCCGUAAGAUUCAUUUUAAGUCGUUUCUGUUCCUUGAGGGUGCAAUCACUAAGUAUGGCGUAUCCUGGGUAUAAUAAUUUUGGUGGUCCAAUGCCAGGAGUUCCUGCUCAGGGUAUGGGAAUGCCAGGGGUCCCUGCUGCAGGUGGUUACCCACCACAACAAUAUGGGGCGUACCAGGGGACUUUUCCUGCUGCUCCUGCCCAGGACCCAAUGUGGGGCUAUUUCACAGCAAUAGCUGGUCAGGAUGGUGAAGUUGAUGCUGAAGAACUUCAAAGGUGCCUCACCCAGACUGGAAUCAGCGGCACCUACAAUCCCUUCAGUUUGGAAACCUGCAGGAUUAUGAUUUCCAUGCUGGAUAGAGAUCACACCGGAAAGAUGGGUUUCAAUGAGUUUAAAGAACUGUUCACUGUGCUAAACGGCUGGAAGCAGAACUUCGUAAUGGUGGACAGGGACUGCAGUGGAACUGUGGAUCCUCAUGAGAUGUCCCAGUGCCUUGUUAACAUGGGGUUCCGGGUUAGCCCACAGACACAGAAUGCCAUCAUCAAACGCUACAGCAAGAAUGGAAAGAUCUACUUUGAUGACUAUGUGGCGUGUUGUGUGAGGCUAAGGGCACUUACAGAUAACUUUAGGAGGAGAGAUACAAUGCAGCAGGGAAUGGUGAACUUCCAGUAUGAUGAUUUUCUCUUGUGUACUAUGUCUCUCUGAAGAGGAUUAAUGACAAGUACAGUAUACACUCCAGGAAGAGCACUGAAUGACUGAAAGUGCGAAGAAAUAUAUUUGCUAAUGCCAGUAUAAUGUUAUAUGUGAACGUAGGAGUAAACCAUAUAUUACUCGAUAUUGUUAACAAAAUAUGUGCCAAGGCAGACCUCAAUUGUUUUUAAAUGAUCUUUUUCAUAUUCAUUCUUUAUAAAUUCUGUUUAUUAUGUUAAAAUAUAACCACACUUACCAUGUAUUUUGCCAAUAAAACAUGGUGCAUCUUAAA